AUGGCCUCUCUCCCUGACGAACUUUGGAGCAGAAUUCUCGAAAUCGGCAUCGGAAACAGCAUUUUGACCUACAAGGACCUUUGCUGCAUCUCCAUCACAUCCCGUCUCCUUCAUCGCCUCUCCUCCCAACACUCUCUUUGGAACCGCCUUCUCUCCUCCGAUUUCCCUCUUUCACUCCCUUCUUCAGUCCUUUCUUCCUCUUCUUCCAAAUCCCUUUAUAAAUUCAGGUUUGAGAGAGACAAGGAGAGGAAAAUAGCAGCUCAUAGGAGGGCUGUACUGAGAAAGGAGAGCCAGAUUUCCGAACAUUCUAGACGGCUCCAUGAUAUUCAGACACGCAUGUCUCAAGAAAAAAACAAAGCUAUUCAAACUUCUACUGAGUUGUCCCAUUUACGUAGGGUGAGAGAAGCUUCUGUGGCUUUGAAUGUAUGGCAACCUGAGGUUGUUCGGGGUAGGCAAAAACAGAUGGUGGAACAGUGUGGUGUGCCGGCUGAAUCUCGGAUACGUACACUGGAGAUGGAACUCAGGCUUUGUAAGCAACAGAUUAUGGGGUUGGAGAAGUCUCAUAGAGACGAAAAACGCAGGCUUGAUGCUGCAAAGAAAGAGUUGGAAUCUAUGAAGUAUCAUCCUCUUCGGGAGAAUAAACCUGUGAGUGGAGGAGAGAAUGAACAUAUUAGCAAGCAAAAGAAGUUGAGAAGCUGCAAUGGCUUGCGUGAAAAACAAUGCAAAACACAUUGA